AUGGCUGAAAUUUCAGAGGAACCGAGGUUUACUUUGAGAGUUAUAAUCGAUGAAGAGAAGAACAAGGCCGUUUUAGCUGAGGCUGAUAGAGAUUUUGUCGAUGUACUCUUCAGCCUUCUGACACUUCCAAUGGGCACCAUUGUUAGAUUGCUGGAAAAUCAUCGACAACAGGAGCCGGUAACUGUUGGUUGUUUUAGCAACCUCUAUAAAAGUGUUUCGGACAUGAGCAUUGAAAAUUUUGAGACUGAAGCUUGUAAGCAGAUGUUGCUUAAUCCAAGGAGUGUGAAGGAAGUUGAGUGCAAAAGGCUCAAGCUCAACAUUAACCCUAAUGAUGAUCUCAAGCACUUCAAGUGCCCUUUUUUCUCUCGUUGCAACUUGUGCAGUAAUUUUAGUGGCUCUGAUUGCGAGUGCGGAGAGGAGAUGAACCAAGAAAUUGAAUUAUCAGAAGAAGAUAAAGCUUCAGGUAGCAUUCAAAAUGAUGCUAGUGGAGUAUUUGUAAGUGGAAGAUCUUCAUUUAUCAUAACCGACGACUUGAAAGUGUCUAUUGAUUGUACUGGUCUUGUCUUGAAUACACUCAAUCGUUUAGGUUGUUCUGAUGUUAGUAAGCUUGGUGAACAGUUUCUCGAUCUCGGUCUUAAAGAGAUUCUGUCUCUUUUCGAGUGUAUGUUCACCUCAAGUACUCCCUUAACAGAUACUUUCUUGAAGAAGCAAAAUCAAGACGAUGUGAAGAAGAACACACACAAGGUUUUGAGUCCAUUUGUGGAGGUAAAAACAGAUGUAGCAGAACCAGAAUUUACUUUGGAUGCAAUAGUAAGGAAGCAAGACAUGAAGAUUCUGUAUCUUGAAUGCGGAGAAGAAUUUGUUGAUCUUCUUUUCACUUUUCUCGCGGUCCCUCUCGAAUCUGUAUUGGAAAUCUCUGGUAAGAACUCAACUUAUGGAUGCAUUGGAAACUUGUUCGGAAGCUUCAAGGAAUUGAGUGUUGAUUCAGCUUCCAAAUGUGUGCUUCCUUAUUACUACAAAUGCCAGAAGCAGUUCUCUAAUAUCAUCACCACUGAAGAACCACCGGUUUACUACCGGUACAGGAAUUCCAAUCCUAGGCAACCAAACUACAGUUUGACUACGGAUUCUGAUCGGACUCUGCUCUAUCGAAAGGACAGACUAGUUUCCGUGACUAUGAUUGAUCCGAAAUCUCAUGGUAGAGAUCAGUCAGAGAAUGGUAGUGGUUUUGUGAAGAGAGGAACAAGGUUUAAGGUUUCAGAUGAUCUGAUAAUCACACCUAGGAAUUCUUUAAACACAUCUAUUUGCUUUAUGAAGAAGUUGCAGGUUAAGGCAGAUGAUAUUGAUGUUCAAGUAAUUAGAAUCCGUAAAGCCGAGGUGAUGAGUUUGUUGAGAGCUUCUUUGGUGACAUCCUCUGCUUUGAACACUGCUCUAUGGAACUUGAUCGCGAAGAAGCCAAAGGAAGAAACUUGA